UUUCUAUUCCUUAUCCCUUUAUAAAUGCUGCACCUACCUGCCUGUUUUUCAAACCAUUCUAAUUCUUCCCAAUUUCUUCCCUGUCUCUCUCUUUUUUUUUCUUUUUCUUCUUCUUGUUGUCUGUUCCUUUUCCCCAGAAAUUGGGUGACCACCGUACGUACCAAAGCUUCAAUCUUGAUGGCUUCGUAUGAACAAGAAGGAAGGCCACUACCCAAGUUCGGGGAAUGGGAUGUUAAUGAUCCUGCCUCAGCUGAAGGAUUCACUGUUAUAUUCAACAAGGCCAGAGAUGAUAAAAAAACUGGAGCAGGGUCCGUACGUGUUCAAUCCCAGCGAAGAAAUAAUUCGCGCAAGGAUGAGGAUAAAACCGCCAAGGCUCAGAAGAAGUGGUUUUGCUUUAAACCCUAAACAAGGAUAAGAAUGUGUUUGUCGCUGCUUGGGACGUAUGUUGAUUCUCUUCAGUUUUCUUCUGAGGCCUCAUCUGUCUCCAGACCACGGAUUAGAGAUAAAAGGAAAAGAAAAGGCAUAGUUGCAGUCUGCUCACUGUUGUAGCUUCUAGUUGUUCACAUGUUUCCCCUUUGUACGCACCGGCACAAAGAAAUAUAUGUAAAUAGAAGGAUAAAAAAACUACCUUUUGCAAUCACAAAUUAAGCAGACAUUGUCUGCUCUUUUUACUUUCAUGAUGCUGAUGUGCUCAACUAGGCAGCUUUUUGUCUUCUUUCUUCAUCUUGUGCCAUCUUUCAAAGAGGCUUCUUUUUAUUUUAUUUUAUUUUAAUUUAACUUUCAUAUGACUGGAGUUUGUUGAAUGAAGACAAUGUGAUUCUUUACGCCACUAGCAGCAUGGUGCUACCACGUUUGACUGAAA